AUGUUGUCUCCGCGAGCCCCACACCGCACCGAUGCGGGAAUACAUGGUGCGAAUGACAGUCCUGAAGGCGGCAAGAAGGACGGUGGGGACCCGUUUACCGCCUUAGACCUUCUCUACCAACUCCACACUACCGGUCUCAAACUGUGCGUUGACGUGCGAAAUGCAUCAGCUAUCGCGUCGUCGACGACUGGGUCAUCCGCUCUCGCAUCCGCCCCUUCCCAAUCUUCCACCUUGAACUCUCUUCGCCAACAGUCGCCUCCUCCUUCCUCCCACCCGCCAGAGGCUCCCGCGUCUUCCCGCUCAGUGCAGCCUCACUCCGAGUCAUCGAGGCAAGACUCCCAACAUGACGCAUCGUGCCUAGCCACCACGCCCCCCGCUUCAAAUGGCGUCUCACCAUUGGCGGACGGGUGUGCAGCGCGCGGGUUCGAAUCCGUCUCAGCGAUUUUGUGCAUCCCUCUCAAGACGACAUCUGAGGAAGCUCUGAUGUCUGUACGGUUGGCGACCCUCGACAGCACGUCGAAUGGAUCUACAGGCUGCGGCGAGUUUGCGCUGACUGCUCAGAGCGUCACCUUUCUAGGUCCCCCACAAGUAGAGUUGUUGGACUCUGCAACCUCCGCAACAGACAUACUCCAGCAGCAGUACGUCCCUGCAGAAAAUGGGGACGAAAAGACGAAAACCCCCAACCCUUCGGGCGACCGAGCAGUAGCGCUGACGAGCGCCCGUCAAGGAGGGCCGCCUGCAGGGGCGCCACACACACACACUUCCGCUGACAUCUCAGCUUCCGCCGACCAACAGCAGCAGGAUUUGGCGUCGAAUGUAGGCGACUCGGUAGAUAAAGAAAAGGCGUGUUCCUUCUUAGAUGUGGUGAAAAGUACGCAAGUGCCAUCCUCAUCUCCGGCAUGUCCCCCUGAGCCGUCUCCUCUGCGGACGGGCGCUGAGCAUUCUGCUUCGCCCUCCUGUCACACCACACCGUCGACUUCGCACACUGGGGCGCGACGCAAAUCCUCGCCUGGCGCUACGCCCCUGGACUACCCUGGUGCAGCACAGUGGAAAGGGACCGACAUGUCUCUCCCCUCUGUCUCUGCGACCGUGCCUCCUCUCUCGUGUGGCGUCACAAACGAGGAGACUGUUUCUUCUGUGGCACCUGGAAACUGUUCGGCCGUUCUGAUCAAAGGUUCCUGCGGGUUAGAGUUGUUAGUGCGCCUCCGUCGGCGAAACUCCGAGUCUCCUGCGCUCACCGAGAGAGCAGAGGAAGGUCCCCCUCCUGGCCUUGCGACGCCAGCCCAUGACCUCCCAGCAGCAGUCGUGUAUGAGAGUUUGAAGCUGCUCCAAUUCUACAACUUCCGGCCGUCGGCGCUGCUGGCUUCUGUCUCUGGGCCACCGUCCGCCUCUGUAAGCCCCAGUAUCGCACGAGCCGUGUCCGGCCUUCAAUUGCAGGCGCUGAAUCAGGGAGCCCCGCGGGCCUCAGACAUCAACAGCCUGGCAGGGGGGUCAGAGCGAGCCGCGCCUGCAGUGUCGGGGUCGCCGCCGUUCAGUCAGGAGCCUGGACCUGAGCGGCGGGCCUUCACGGAGACCACAGAUCCCCAGGGGCGCACGGACCAAGCAAAUUCCAAGCAGAAUGGCACAGAGCCCGAUCAAGCGCCUGGGGAGGGUCGCGUCUCUGAGACGUGUGCAGCCGCGGAGACGAACCAAAUCGCUGGGUCAAACACGGUGAUGGGCCUUCGCGCUGGCUCGGCGCCGACGUCGACGCCCUCCACUGAGGCCCUGAAACAACUCAGCGAGAGCCAGCAAGAGGCACGGGGACGGGCGAAAGCGAACCAAGACACGCCGGACAGCGCUAUACACGACGCGCGCUGCUCCCGCGGCUGCGCCCAACGCUUUACCAAUCUGGCAGCCGUCCUUCGCGCCACAGCGGGCCUUCAGGCUUCACACGACGAACUGUCAGUGAGGCGAGAAACGGAUGGCAGUUGUCCGGUAAAUCCCGCAGACGCCAGGGCAUCCACAGCGGCGCAUGCGCAAGGCCUCCACACAUCUGCAUCGCCCUCGGAGACGCUCUCCACCGACGUACAGGCACGGGAGGAGACCGGAGCGGCUGCCGCGGCUGGCAGCGUUCACAGUCAAGCCGCCCCUACUCCUUCGAGCGGCGCGGUGCUCUCAGCAGCCGCGCAGCGUCAAACGCCGAGUAAUCAGGCCCUCCGCGGCGGCCAGGCUCCUCAGUCCCGUGGAGGGUCGAGCACGCCUUGGCCGUCGGUCGACAGCAACGAAGUGACGACAGCAUCUUUGCUCGACUCGGCGCCGCCAGCAGCCUCGCACGAAGCUGGUCAGCCACUGAAGAGUGCAACCGAAGACGAACGGCGGCACUACGAGAGUGCGCCCAUCGCUCGCAUUUCUCCGCAGGACCCUGUCGACGCAUCUCGCCACCGCCUGGCAGCUGUCGCGGCCGCAGCGCUGAGUGCUGCUGUGGAGCGCAAGCAGCGCCAGGCGCAGGCAGAGCGUCAACUGGCAGAGGCAGCACAGAACGCCUUUGCGUUCGAGACCCAAGCCACAGCGGGAGGGACCUCAGGUGUCUACUGCAGAGGCGUCGCACAGCGGGGGCUACCGCCGGAUAACUUUUUGCCCGGACGAGCAUCGGUUGAGGGACAGGGCGGAGAAGGGAGUAGCCGCGGAGGCGAAGACUCCUCACACCUCCCCUGUCGGCUCUCGCACGUCGAGAGGCACCCCCCGCCGUCACGGGCGGCUCCAGUCCAGCGUCCCCCGUGCCCCGUCGUCUUUCUUGGAAGCAGCCAGACUGCCACCGAGGACAUGGACGAUUCUCAGGCGUGCCCACAGGCAGCCGAGACUCCUGAAGAAAGUGUGCAUUCAUGCGCCGAGCUAGGCAUGCAUAGGGUGCCCGUUUCGCUGUCUGCAGGUCGGCAAGCCAUCCUCUCGAGGAACGGGACUGGAGGUCCGCUGCGGAGAGAGGGUGACAGCGAGUGGGCAUCGUCGUCUUUGUGGGUUCAGAGAGGCCUGGGAGACCUGCCCCGAAUGCCCCGAAUGAUGUCGGUCUCCGAUGCGGAAGACGAAGGAACGCUGCUAGACGUUGCCGGGUGCAGAGGAUCUCAGGCUGCUGACCACCGUAGUGAAGGCGAAGGAGGUUCACGACGGGAGGCGAGCGCCCACUCGGCAAGGCAAACAAAUGUAGCCCACGCCUUGCGAACGUCUCCUGAUAUUGUUGCUGACAAUCUGCGGUGGCCGUCUGUGUUGCGCUUGCGCAGCGCGCUGCUAGGCAACGCCGAGCAAGCCGCAGAGAGUGCUGUGCGAGGCCGCCAGGCUAGAUACGCUCCCGGCGCCCAACAAGCGUCUGCGUUCGGUCGUGGUGAGCUUGCGGAGACUCUUUAUCAGCUGUGUCGUCUCUCGGCCGGAAACCCAGCCAGAGGCCUCAACGGCACACCGGAGCGAGGCUUUCAAGCGCAAGACGUGGCAGGCCUGGAGAAGGCGAACACAGCCGAAUGCAGAACGCGACAAGCUCCGGACGCACAUCUUCACCAGAUGCCGCUUCAGACAAAAGCCGCUGGCGCAUCUACGGGGGCCCGCCCCCAAGGCUCCGCCCUGUCUGCCGCCCCGCGGGCCCCGGUACUGGAGCACCUGCACUACGCUCAAGCCGUCGCUAGCCUCUGUCUCAAUCCUGUCGACGCCUCGGCGCUGCUGCAGCAGCUGAAGCUCCUGCUUGGAGGACAUGCCUUGCCCGAGGACCCCCACGCCUCGACAGCGGCGGCUGCUGACCAGCGUUUCGGCGUUGACUGCAAGUCGGGGUGUGCGGCAGAGGGUCCGACGCCGCGAACCCUCGAGACUGCGUCGACCGGCAAGACCGGGAAACAGAAAUCCACUUCGCGGGCCUCUGCGGCAAAUGCUGGGCUUUCCUCAGGCGUUGACGAAAGUCCCACUUCGUCCAGUGCAUCCGUCGCGGCCCUUGCCGCCGCGGUGGCGGCUGUGCUCGAGUGGAAGAAAAGCCAGGCUACGCAGUCGUCUGAUGAGAAGCCCAGCACUGCGGAAGGGAGGAGAGGCGCGCAGGGCUUCCAGUCUCGCUGGCAAGCGGCCGAGGACAGCAAGGACAGGAAGGACGAAGCAGGAUCCGAAAAUGUCCACAGGUCCCCGGAGGCUACUAUCGGCACGCAGGCGGCUGUGAAUUGGCUGAAAGAAGAGCCAAGCGUGACACAACGCGGCGCGCAAAAACACGCGCUUCUCGGCACUGUACGCACUCUUCUGGCUCCGUCCUUGACGUCCAACAGCAACUUGGCAAAGCAUAUGCCUUUGCAGCAAACGCUUCUGCAGCUGCUCGCCCGCCACCGUCACGAUGCGGAGGAAGAAAAGAAAGCAGAAGAGGACCGCACCGGGCUCCGCAGAGACUCUGCGCUCCAAGAGGCUCUACGACAUAGCCCGGCUCCGCUGGAGAACUCACGCUCGGCCUGUGUUGCUGUCGUGGCCUCUUCAGGCCUCUCAGCAUCCUCCCAGGCUCCAUACCGGGAUCUGCAGACCCCUGCGGCUCCGACGCGGGCUUCUCGCGCCGGCUCCGGCCCAGGGACUGCAGAGGGCAGCUCUGAGCUAGCGCAUGGGCGUCUCGAGGCUGACCAGCCUGCCCCUCUCGACGAGUGCAAGCGAGGGGCUGCGGGUGGCGCGCUUCUCCCUCCGCACGCCGCGCUAGAUGCGGCAAGCGGCGCUGACCAGGAAAUUGUGGAGGCAACGGCGAUUGCCGUGAAGGCGAUCGGGCGCCUGCUGACGCUUCGCUCGUCGCGUCGUCGUGCUUCAGUUCGUUCGGCCGCGUAUCGGACCGCUCCAGGCGCAGCGACCGCUCCCGAACGGCCGACAGAAGAUGCCGCUCCAGAACUGUUUCGUAAGCAAGUCCCGCGAUGGGCGCAGGAAACCCUCCCACAGUCUCACCUGUCUUCGCUGCUGCCCAGCGCGCCGGCGAAGGAGCUGAGCCCUCCGCAGAGUGCGGGCGCUCCAGGGCCCGUGGCCCUGGCGGCUACGCUACUCACUAAUGAGGCGCUGGCGUCGGAAGGGCUUCGUCUCCUGUCCCGCGCAGCCGCGAGCUCUGAAGCACCCCGCGCACAUGCAGCUGGGCCUGCGUGCGUCGACAGCAGCAGCAGAGACAGCCAACGCGAAAAGGGGCAGCUGCGCGACGACAGACUCGCGUCUACCUCGCUGGCGUCAAGCAGAGCAAGCUCUGACCGCGAAGACCGCACAAGAGCCGCUGAGUGUUUGAGCAACCGGCCUGGAAACCCGAUUCCUGGAGCCCGCGCCGCGAGUGGCACCCCAACAAAGACAACCGGACUCGCGGCACUUCGCUCGCAAGGCCUUCUCCUUCUGCAACAACUCGCCAAGUUGAAUGGCUUGCCCGAGGCCGCCCGCUCCCUCGGCCCAGCGGCCGCGAAAGCAGACCGCCCCUUUUCUGGAGGCAGCGGGGCGUUGAGUCCACGUGCGCCAAACGCCUCCGUUCCAGCAAGCGACGAUGACUCCAGUGCGGAAGGUGCGCCGCUUCAGGCAGCCGCCACUCGCCGAUCGCCCGCCGCGCCGGCGCCUCCCCUCUCCGCCUUCGACGCAGAUGAAGAGCAGCACACCUGUCCGGCACCGCCUCCAUCGCCGGCGCACGCUCCACUGCCGGCGCCCGACGGCCUGCUCGACUCAACUAUCCUGCCGGCCUCUGCGCGGCUUCAGCAACAGACGACGGAGGAAGACCGCGCCUCAAGCCCCGGAGAGCUUCCCGAGGACAAGGACGAGAAGGCGAGAGAGCUGGCUCAUCAGCUGCUGCACAGCUGGCAGUGGCGGUCUGGCGUCGCGCCCCCUGGACCAGGCGACGCUGGCGUUCUCCAGAUGCUGUUGCAGGCGCACGAGUCGCUUCGGCGAUCGCUGGCCUCGGGCCGCAGCGCAGAGGCCCGCUCUCCUGGUCACGCUGAGAAUCCUUCAGAGGCGUUGGCGGCCUCUAGAGAAGCGGGCGCCUCACCACGCGUCUCUUGCGGCGUGGCGCGGGUGUGCGAACCCGGCGAAGUCGCCAGACUGGCGCAGGCACCGGCAGCUGCCGGCGCACAAGGCGGCAUCAACGGUAGCGGAGCUCCGCAUGAAGGCCCUGCCGGCCUCUCGGGCAAAGCAGCACGUGCGAGAAUCACCAAUGACAAGCAGCUGCAUGGCUCUGACAUCAACACGAAGAGCCGGUCGAAGCCGCUGAACCCUUACGCUGUGCCCUUUGUUCCACGUCUCGCUGUCGCGACUUCUGCGGUCGCAGAAGCUCCAGCAGGUUCACCUACCCCAAGCAAUGGAGUGACGAGUGAGCUCGAAGUGCGGAGCCUCGCGAACGCGUCUUUCGCGUCCUCGGUCUCUCCGUUUCAGGCUGCGUGUGCCUCCUCAGCGUUGCAUGCGAGUAACACCGAACCUGGUUACAGAACUAGCCAACUUCUGGAUUCUGUAGCUCCUGGUCUGUCUGGCUCGCGCGAACAGCAGGGGAGGGCUUCCACUCUGACUGGCCAGAGUGACGACCAGACUCUGAAGCUACUGCCGGACGCACCCCGCGAGCAAAGUCUUCAGAAGCGCCUCCAGACUGCGGUCGCUCCGCGGGGGAUCACUCGCCCUCGCCGGCUUUCGCAGGCUCCAUUCGUUCUUCCAGAAGACUCGCAGGCCUUUCUGGCUGCGCUGCGGAAGGAACUGGCGAGCGGAAGCGAGCCCGACGAACAGCAGGGUCGAGGCGCUCUUGGCGCCUCAACUGUCAACGCACACACUCCCGAGGCCCUCGGCCUCUUAAGCAGGCUGAGUAGAAGGCGCCCGGCGGACAUGGGGCGCCACUGGACGGAGCCGGAGCGCGAAGAUGUGCAUCGAGUGAGAACGAACUCAUUGAUUGAGGACUUGCUUCAGCAGGAGGGGAAGCUGUCGGCGGAGUCAGCCUUGACGCAGAACGUCAUGCGCAGGCUGAGUCUGCUUCAGAUGAAGCACGAAUUCAAAUCUUCUCCGUACGUUUUGCCAUUCCAUUCUCCCGCGUGUGGUACCGUCGCCGGCAUGCAAGGGAAAGAAGUGGCCUUUCUACAGAGCGCUGCAAAGAAUCAGCCAUCGAAAUGGGGCAUCCAAGCGGGCGCAUCUGAGUCGCUUCCUCCCGAGGUGAACCUGGCGGACGGAGGUGUUCACGAAGCAAACUCGAGAUGGACACCGGAACAGCAGCGAAUGCAGCACCAAAGCGUAGCAAAGACCGCCACGGCACCCGGCACUCUCCUCGCAUCGCCUGAGGCUCCUCACGCGGUUCCCUUCAGCUCCGAAAGGCUGUCGUCGACCCUGUCGCAGGCGCGCCUCACGUUGCUUCAGCUUCAGCACCACAUGCACGCUUUCCAGCAGCACGGAGAGCACAGGCCAUUGCUGCAGGAGGCGUCUGCUCUCGAGCGUCAUCCGCACUCUUCGCCCCUGCCUCCCCACGUCACGUCCAGCCCUCCGUUUGGCGUGCACGCUGCGCCCGCUGCGUCCCGGGUCGAGCGACAGCCUCGCGGUGGGGCGCCGCAUCCCUCGGCAGACACUGCCGGUGCUUCACGCGUGACAGGGAAAAGCACGGAGAGGCUUCUAACCAAUUCUGUCGCCGCGCGUCGAAUAAUGGAGACAGUGGACAGGGCCGCACUGCCACGCGGGCACGAUGCACUCCUCACGAAGGCGUUGAAUAGACAGCUGGCAAGCGGCGUCUCAGAAAACCGACCACUCGGCUCUGCAUGGCCCAACUCCUUUGCCGGCGACCCAGAGGUGAUCCCUCAACCCAAGCGGCCCUCCGACUUCGUUCGUGGGAGGGAACUCCUAUCGGCACGCGCGAUAGCGAAAUCUGCAGCGGCUGCACGUGGCGCUGGAGUUGGAACGCAGCAGGGGAAUGCGCCGUGCUUAGGCACCGGCGGCGGUGACCAAGCUGUCGGAUUGCAGAGAUGCGCCAGCAGACAUCAGUCCAGCGGCGGCACACACGCUGUAGAGCGCGAUGUUCCGGCGGCAGCGAAAGUGCACGAUAAGCCUUCGUCGUUUGCAAACCAGUCCCACUUUCUGCAGAUGGCGCUUCUUGCUCUCUCCCGCGGCGGUGUUUCGUUGUCUCCUGCUCUCCUCAACUCCCUCGGCGAGGCUGCAGAGUCUCCAGAGACCUUGCUAGCCCACCUUUGCCGUCUCACCGCCCGCACCCAGGCGGGGCAGUCUGUGAAGCCUGUCGCGCCGUUUCAGACAGGACCUGUGGUUCCCCGCCACGGCGGAGGGGCUUCGAGCAAAGACUCGCACGUGGCGUCAGGGCCCCUUUGUGGCCAAGGGUUGCGAAAAGGCGAGGGUCGAGACAGUUCGCCUGCCCUCGCACCGCUUUCCCGAGACAUUUCGCGAGGGCCGGCGGCGACUUACUCCAAGGCUCAGCUUCUCCAGCUGAGUCACCCCCUUUGGCGCCGUCAGCGCAAGAGACUCGGCGCCAGGUCGCGCGCUGAGAACUCGCCAAGCAGCUGGGAUGCAUCGGAGGACGAGGCGUCACGCGCUCUACGGCAGACUCUCCCGUCCAUCGAAAAAGUUAAUCAUCUUCCAGAGAAACCCAACCCCGGGGCCUACCACCGAGCACCUCUCCCUGCCGGCGCCCCGCUCCAAGGCCUCCUCGCGGGAGCCUCCGGCAUGCUGCCUCCCAUGCGAGGCAAGCUCCCCGCUGAGUUCGAAGGGAACUCGCAGGGGGUGAGAGAUUCCUCGCUCCGACCAGGCUCGCUCGCUCCAGCUGCGGGCGAGAGGGAAGCAAGCGUAGGACAGUUGGCUGCAGUGGAAGUCGCGGCUGAGGCGGUAGGGCGGCCGGCAGCGAAGCUAGCCGGCGACGCAGGCACAGGGUCCAAGGCCGCUGCGGAGAGGCCCGAAGGAGCCGCCUCUUGCGCCUCUCCAGCCGAAGGCACCCGCGGCUCCUCGCAACCUUCUUCGGCAAGCUCGUCGCCGACAAAAGAGGAGGACCCCGCCACCGAGAUGCCAGCGAACCACGCAGGGGCCAACCCUCGAAGCCAAGACUCAAGCGGGAGAGAAGACAGAGAGCAAACACACGGCGCAGUGCGGCUGCCUGGCAGACGUGGCAGCGUCCCUGCGAAGGAGAAAGGGAAAACCCAGAAGCAUUCGAGGGCCGACGGCGUCGGCGCACAGAAAGCAACUCACGGAAGUAACACCUCAAAGCGACGAGGAAGCGCUGCGAUUCCUACCGUCGCAAAGUCGCGGUUGGUGGCAUCAGAGGACCGGCACACGCGGUUUGGGAAAUGCCGUAGCGCAAGUGACUCUGCGCGUAUCUUCGCAGAAGAUGAGGCGCGCAACAAACGAAAUCACUGCAGUGACAAAGAGGAUGCGAAAGAGCCGAGAAACCUGGCCGCAGUUAGCGCGCGGAGGGGCCACACGCAGGAAGAAAACAAACGACUUAGUCACCAGCUUCACCAGGGCGGCGGGAAGAGACCGCGCGGACAGAAAGCCGGUCACAGUCACCGAAGGUCAAGCGGUUCUUCGCAGAAUGGAGCGAGUUUCUCUUCCUCGCACCAGAGCAACGACGCCAAGACAAGUUCCGCUUGCGAGUUCUCUGAUGUCCCUUCCUCGGUUCAACCAGAGAACGCCCCGAAACCCCAAGAGAAUCAGAUGCGAUCGUCUGCGAAUGGGCGUUCUGAAGUAGGCUUGACAGAACCGCGGAAGGGUGAUGGCGCUUCGGCUCCAGAGUAUCAGCGAACGUAG